GUGCCGGCUCCGCUAUAAAAAGGGUCUUGCUAACUACCUCCCUUUUCGAAGCUUCCCUUGUACCAAUUCCAUAAAAAGGGGUUACUUCUCUUUAUCACUCUCAUUCUCAUUUUCUGCACCAUGGCCGAGGCAGAUGUUAGGCCACCUACUGAUUCAGUAGCAGAAGAUGAGAAGAAACUCAAGUAUCUAGAUUUCGUUCAAGUUGCAGCGAUCUAUGUGAUUGUUUGCUUCUCAACUUUGUACGAAUACGGCAAAGGGAAUUCCGGCCCGUUGAAACCUGGUGUCCAGGCCGUAGAAGCCACUGUUAAAACCGUCAUCGGACCGGUUUAUGAGAAGUUCCACGACGUCCCUUUCGAUCUCCUCAAGUUCAUCGACCUAAAGGUUAUAGAGUUGAUGACAGAAGUUGAUCGCCAUGUGCCUUCUCUACUAAAGCAAGCAUCAAGCCAAGCUCUGGUAAUAGCUCACAAGGCACCAGAAAUAGCUCGAGAUCUCGCCAGCGAGGUACAGUGCGAUGGCUUAGUGGACACAGCUAGUAACGUAGCUAAAGCACUCUACACAAAGUACGAACCCACAGCCAAGGAACUAUACACAAAAUACGAGCCAGUUGUCGAGAAGAACGCGGUUUCAGCAUGGCGAUCUCUAAACAGGCUUCCUUUGUUCCCUCAAGUGGCUCAGAUUUUGGUGCCCACAGCUGCUUAUUGGAGCGAAAAAUACAAUCAAGCUGUGACCUACGCGUCCGAAAAUGGCUAUGUGGCGGCGUAUUAUUUUCCGAUUAUUCCUAUCGAGAGGAUCGCGAAGGUGUUUGAAGGCACCCCCGCCACUGAGAACGGGCAUUCUGUUUCCGCGAUUGACAGUACUGUUGCCUCGGCGCAAUGACCAUGUUGCAUUGAGGAAAUUUCAGAAGCCACUAUAGUUUGGUAGCUAAUUAUCAACCGUAGCUAUAGUUUCAGUAAUUACCUUUCGUAGCAAAACUUCAAUUGUCAUUGGGGAUGGGCCCAUUGGGCUUAAUGGGCCGCAGGGGUUAAUAACUUGGAUUUUGUUGUCGGUUGAAAUUGUUCAUCUUUAUAUCACAAGUCAUUUGUCUUAAA